AUGCGCGUGACGAAGCUCGCGAUGAUCCUGACGACCUGCGUGGUGCUGUCAGCGAGCGUUGGCGCCGUGGACACCAACUCCAUCACCUUCGGCAACACGGAUCUGUCGGCCGCUGGGAAUGCCGGCGUGGUGGCGUCCGACGCCGACACAGGCAAGACACCGUGUCCAUCGCUACCGCAGACCACAAGCGCGGCCGGUUCCACGACGACGGACAUCGCCACAGACGCCCCAGCAGCGACGGAGCCUCCAGUAGCGACAGAAGCUCCGGCGGCCCCAGCUGUGCCGGACGCAACGACGGCUGCGCCUGCUACUGCGACGCCAGCAAAAACACCAUGUCCGUCAUUGCCGCAGCCUGCGCUCUCCAGCAGCUCCAGCGGCGAAACAGAAUACAGCAGCGGCAGCAGCAGUGCGACCGGCAAGAGCCCGUGUCCGUCAUUGCAGACGGCAUCAACUUCGUCGGAUGGGUCGGUGUCGGCGCCUUGCCCUUCAUUGAAGACCGCGACGGUAGCUCCAUGCCCGUCACUCCCGACUGCCUCCAAGUCCUCGUCCGAAGACCCUAGCGGUAGCGGCACAAGUGGAGCAGCAGAGGUAGCCAUCUCCAGCCUGGCGGUGGUCGCCGUGUCGGUUUCGGCUUUGCUACUGCUAUAG